AGAAUACACUGGUAGACUGGCUUCCUCCUCCUCCUCCUCCUCCCUAUUCCUCAUUUCUCAGUGCACAAACAGCAGCAGCAGCACAACAACAACAAUCAAGUUUAAAGCUUUUAACUUCUCUUUAGUAAGGUAAUCCUCCCACUCUUCUCGUUUCAAUACAAAAAUCAUCAAAAGAAGCAAUUCAAGGACAACCCUGUUCCAUUUUAUUAAUAACUAUGAGCUUUUCAUUGCUUAGAAGAAGAAAGUGUCUAGUUCUAUGCACUAACCCUAUUUCCCCACAAAAAUUUUACACAAAUCCCGCAUUAAUAUCCAAAACCCAACAAAACCCAUGUCCCCGAAACCCUCUCACACAAAACCCUCUCGGGGUUUUACAAUUUUAUGCCCUAUUUUCAACACAAGCUUCCAAAUUCCAUGAAUAUGAGAUGCCUUCAGUUACUUGGGGUGUAGUUCAAGGUAAAAAAGAGAAGCUUGUUAAUCGUGUUAUAAUUUGUGAUUAUCUUAAGGGUUUAGGGAUAAUUCCUGAUGAAUUGGAAAGUUUAGAACUUCCAUCAACUGUUGAGGUUAUGAAGGAGCGUGUUGAGUUCUUGCAGAGAAUGGGAUUGACUAUUGAUGAUAUUAAUGAGUACCCUUUAAUGUUAGGUUGUAGUGUGAGGAAAAACAUUAUACCAGUGUUGGGUUAUUUGGAAAAGAUUGGUAUUAGUAGGUCUAAACUUGGGGAGUUUGUUAAGAGUUAUCCACAGGUGUUGCAUGCGAGUGUAGUAGUUGAGUUGCAGCCUGUUAUUAAGUUUCUUCGGGGGUUGGAUGUUGACAAGCUGGAUAUUGGAUAUGUUUUGCAGAAGUAUCCAGAGCUUCUUGGGUUUAAGCUUGAAGGGACAAUGAGUACUUCCGUGGCAUAUUUAGUUAGCAUCGGUGUUAGUCCUAGAGAUAUUGGACCAAUGGUAACGCAAUAUCCGUACUUAUUGGGGAUGAGAGUGGGGACUAUGAUUAAGCCGUUAGUUGAUUAUUUGGUUUCUUUAGGUCUGCCAAAGAAGAUAGUGGCUCGGAUGUUGGAGAAAAGGCCAUAUGUACUUGGAUAUGAUCUUCAAGAGACUGUUAAGCCAAAUGUGGAUUGUUUGAUUAGUUUUGGGAUUAGGAGGGAAGUACUCGCUUCCAUUGUAGCACAGUAUCCACCAAUUCUGGGUUUGCCUCUGAAAGCUAAGCUCUCUUCUCAGCAGUAUUUCUUUAACUUGAAACUGAAGAUUGAUCCUGAAAGGUUUGCCAGAGUGAUAGAGAAAAUGCCACAAAUUGUUAGCCUUAACCAAAAUGUGAUUAUGAAACCUGUUCAGUUCCUUUUGGAGCGGGCAAUCCCAUCUGAGGAUGUCGCUACGAUGGUUAUAAAAUGCCCACAGUUACUUGCAUUGAGAGUUCCACUCAUGAAGAACAGCUAUUACUUUUUCAAGAGUGAAAUGGGAAGGCCAUUGAAGGAGCUCGUGGAAUUCCCAGAAUAUUUUACUUAUAGCUUGGAAUCUAGAAUAAAGCCCAGGUACGAGAUGCUGAAAAGCAAGGGGAUCAGGUCUUCACUUAAUUGGUUCCUCAAUUGUAGUGAUAAAAGAUUUGAGGAGAGGUUAGAAGGCGAUUAUAUUGAAUCAGAGAGUCUUGGCCCAUCAUUUUGUAUGGGUGGGAAGUUAGAACUACCAGGGUGUGAGAUUCUGUCAGAUGAGGAAGACGAGAUCGAUGAUGAUGAAGAUGAAGUACUUUUCAGGCGCACUGUUUCUCUUUAAUUUUUUUUUUUUGUUAUGUCAGUGAAUCAUAUUCAAAUCAAAUCAAUGACAUGGGUAUCAAGUGAUGCUAGUGUUUUCCCCCAUUAUCAUUAUUUCUGCAGUGUUUCCAGUUCGAAUUUUCAACGGGUCAAUUUUCUUUUUGUACUGCAAUUAGGCUUACAGGAAUACUUAUGAAAUCACGGGGUUUGCUCA